AUGCGGCGCCGUCCUCUGAGUGAUGCCUCUGCGCCCAAUGGACAGCUCGGGCGCCGAGGGCGGCUCACAGGCCGCCUCCGCUGCCUCUAUGCCCCAGCCGCCGCUCUACGCGGACUACGGGCGCGCGUCAGACCACGGGCUCCGAAACCCGGCGUCGGUGGCGGAGCUGCGCCGCGGGCUCUCGAAGGUCACCCUGCCCGCCUCCUCUUCGGGCCUGUCGGGCGCGUCUGUCCCCGUGCAGUCGGCGUCCGCGGCGAGCUGCGCCGCCCUCCAAGAGGCCGGCGGCGCGAGCGCGGGGGUGAAGGCGGUCGCGGCGCCGACCUCGCUGGUGGGCUCGGGGGGGGUUCGGGCGCGGAGCGCGAGCACCUGGAGCAGCCGCGGCCGCAGCCGCGGCAGCAGUCGCCGUUUGCGACAGACAUCGACCUGAUUGAGCUUCCCGACCGGAAGAAGCCGGGCGGGCGCCGGCGCCUGGUGCGGCUGCUGUGGAACCACGGUUUUUUCGUGGUGGGUCGGCUCCUCGCCCUCGGAUUCGCGAUCUUCCUCAUCUACUGCACGAUUGCGGACUUGGGCCGCUACCGCUGGCUGUCGCUGCUCGUGGCGAUUCCGAUCGAGUUCACGAUGCUGCUGCUGUGCGAGUUCCUGCUCAAGCUGCCCGCAUGGACGCGCACACUGGAGCGGCUGCUCACCGAGAAGCUCCUCUUCUACUCGCACCAGAUCAAACAGCGAAACAUCGGACCGCACCACAUGCACACGCUGCCGCUCUCCGCGGACGACGUGGCCUCAGAUGGGCAGGCGGGCGACGCGGAACGGGACGUCGACGACAACGAGAACAACGCUUCGUCGUCGCGCAGCGAGGAUCGGGAAGACAGCAAGAAGCUCGAGAGCGAGGUGGGGCGCUCGCGGCUCGGACCGCACUCGCGCGCGAGUUCGCAGGUCAGCGGCGCACGCCUCCCCGCGAACGAGGAAGAAGACGCUGCCGACGACAGCAGCACCAGCGACGUGCCUGACGGCAGCGAAAGGCGGUCGCGCCUUGGGGGCAAGCCCCGCUGCGGAGGCGCGUCAGAGGCCUCGGGGCGUCUCCACAGCGUGCCCGAGGGGUCGUAUGUCAACGGCGUCGACGUCCUCGCGGGGCGGAGCUACGGCCGAAGAAGUUCUGAACGACCUGGGCGCAGCCGCCACCGCAAGGCCAGCGACGAGUCGCCUGCGCCGUCAGGAAGCGGCGAGGACGACGAGGAGCGAGGCCGGAAGGCCGGCGGCGCCCGCAGAGACGGGCAAGCGCACCUCGCGCCGCGGCAGUCCACGAGUCUCUGGCGGCGGAUGUUUGGCGGCGCGAGUCGCCAGGCGAGCAGCGCCUCGCCGCAGCCGCGGUCGUCGGACUUUUGCAGGGUGGACUCGCUGGCCUCCUCAGUGCGGACUGCGCGCGGCGGCGCAGAGAGUCUCUCCGCGGCGGGCAGCGACAACGGCCGCCUCACCUUGCCUCCCAGCCUCGUCCACUGUGAGACCCGCCCUGCGGCCUCCACGCAGGCGCACUCCGACAGCGAGAGAGACGCCCAGAGGCGCUGGCGUGCAGGCGAAAGGCGCGCGCUGCGGGGCCCCGGACGCGCCGCGCACUCCCCCUACGACUUUGCGCCUCCUGUGUGCGCCGGCGUGCCGGCCGGCGACGCAGCCUACCCGCUGCGGUGCUUCCAGAGCGACGACUUGAGCAGUCUCUGGAUCACCUACCGCAGCCGACCUCCGGUGACUCGCAACCAGCACCGGCUUUCGCUGCCGGCGCCGACGGGCGCGUUCUCCUCCGGCGUGCCGGUCGGCGGCCUCUUCCGCGCGGCGCCGCACAGCCGCUCAGUCCGCCACGCGCGCGGCUCGCGCGCCGCCGCCGGCUGGGGCAGCGUCGGCGAGUUGGGCACUCUGGGAAGCCGCGAGGCCGGCGGCAAGACGCGCUCCGCCGCGAGAGGCAACUCGUGGAGACAGAUGCGCCGCUUCGGCGGCGGGGCUCGGAUGCGCGGGCUCACGAGCUGCGUGGAUCUGCGCACCGCCGCGGGGAGCCGAGGCGGGAGACGGGCGCCCAGUCGCGGAGGCGCGUCGAACAAGCUCGACGACGGGUCCGCGGCCGGCGACGACACGCUGGAAGAGGAGGACGGCUGCCAGUCCUCGCGGAUGGCCGACGUGUUUCGCCUGCGCAGCUUGUCCAAGAACUCCCGCAGCGGCAAGGCGGUCGAGCAAGGGGCGCUGCAGCCGAAGAAGACACGCGGGCCUCUGUACCUCUCCACGGACGUGGGCAACCGGGGUGCGGCUGGGAGCCGCAGCCACGAGGCUCCGCGCGACUCGGGCGCGGACGGCGUCGCCGGCGGAGAAGACGACGCGGACGACGCCGGAAACGCGGGCGACGGAGGGCUCCGGCGGCGCGGCGCGACACUGUCGUGGCUCGGCGGGGGGACGGCGUAUCGCUGCUUCGACGAGCCUGAGCGGAGUUUUAUUUUCCGCAGGCCCCUGGGUCGCGGCUACUCGUUGGGGGGCUUCGAGAGCCGGACGCGGUUCCUAGGUGGCGGUUCGGGGCCGCGGCACGGGGGCGAUUGGCGUUACGGCUUUCGGUUUCUGAUGCUGGACGAAGACGACGGCCUCGUAGAUGAGCCCACCAUGUAUGAGGUUGAGGACUUGGAGCCGCCGGAGAGCGACCUCGACGACGACAGCUACGAGAAAAAGGGCCGCGACCUCGCGCGGACGCGGCGUCAACAGCUCGCGUCGUGGUGUCGGUGCUGCCGCGACGUGUUCGUCCUCAUGUGCCGCUGCGGGUUGGUGGUUUUCGAGUCGAUCGCUGUGCCCGCGCUCGCCAGCGCGGCCUUUCUCCUCGCGGUGCUGCUGCGCACGAUGGCGUGGUGCGCCGUCUGGGUAUGGGCGUCGACGCACAUGGAGCGCGAGCCGCAGAGCAAAGACUUGUUUGCGUGGCAACUUCGCAAUUUGCCGCAGGCGUACUACUUCGUCGAAAGCACCUUUCUCUGGAUGGUCACCUUCGACUACUGCGCCGGACUCUUCACGGCACCCCGAAAGCUCCCGUACAUCCUCAGUCCGUACUCGAUCGUGGAUCUGCUCACCAUGCCGAUGACUUCCUUCCUCGUCAACUGCUUUGUCCAGGAGCAUCACUUUGGCUCCUCCCCCGAGACCCACUGGAACGACGGGGCCUACGGAGACCCUGACAACCUCUACGACCCGCGGACGAAGCACGACCAGUUUCCCUGGCUUCUACUCUUUGGCUGGCUGCGUUUCCUCCGCCUGGUGAAGACGGAACACGUGCUCUCGCGCUGUUUUCCGCAUCUGAGCAUCGUCAAGCUGCGCAUCGUCUCGAUCGUCGUCUCCUGGCUCAUGAUUGUCCUCACCUUCGCCGGCGGCAUGUUUGUCCUCGAGGCCCCGGAGCCGGACAUCAACUACACGAACGUCUACGACUUUUGCUUCUACGCCAUCGUGACCGUGAUGACUGUCGGCUACGGCGACUUCGUGCCGCGGUCGGCGGCAGGGCGCACGCUGGCUAUCGUGACCAUCAUCUCGACGUUCGCCUUCCUGCCUGGAGAAGUCCAGCGGCUCAUGGAGGCGCUCCGCGAGCCGCGCACGAUCGUCGGGUCUCCGCCCGCGCCGGGCGACGACUAUCUCUGCAUCGUCGGCCCUAUCCAGCCUCUGCAGCUGUCGGUCAUUUGCCGGGAGAUCGCGCGAGCCUUCCCAGGGAGCGUGCGCUCCAUCCUCGUGGUGACGCCGCUGCCCGUCUCGAGCUACGACAGCACGUGCUUCUUCUCGCUCUCGGUCUGCAUCCGCGGCGGCGUCAAGGGCGAGCCGCUGCCCUCAAACAUCCGCUCCUACUGCUCGAACGCGCGGGCGGUGUUCAUCUUCAGCAACACGCGCGCCUACCAAGUCUCCGCGGCGGCCGGCGGGCUCUCGGAGGGCGCCGCGGCCGCGCGCGCAGACCUGAGUUGGACGGAGGGCGUGGAGACUCGCGAGCAGGAGGAAGACCAGAAGACGCUGCUGCGGUUCAUGGGCGUGCGUACAGUCUGCUUUCCGGUGCGUCCCAUCAAUGUGCAGCUGAUCCACGACCACCGCAAGGCCCUGGUGAAGGAGAUGGGCGCGUACUGCACUCUGUGCAUCAACGAGGUCAAGAUGAAGCUGCUCGGCAAGAGCUGCGCCGACUGUCCCGGCUUCGUCUCGCUCAUCGCCAACUGGUUCACCUUCUGGCGUGCCAGCGAGGAGUCGACCGGCAUCGCGCGCGCCGCCAGCCGCGCGCGGCUCGCCGCGGCCUCCAGCCUGGGACCGCGGCGGAAGACCGACUUCCAGCACUACGCGGACGGCGCCGUCUACAACAUCUACCGCAUGGAGUUCCCCGAGUCUAUGUGGGGCCUGCACUACAAGCUGCUCACGCGACUCCUGUACACUCACUACGAGGUGUUCCUCAUCGGCAUCAUUGCCAUCACCAAGGAGAUCUGGAUCAACCCGUUCCGCUACAUUGUCGGCGAGGAACUGAUCCACGGAUACACCACCUGGCCGUUCGCCGGCAUCGUCCUCGCACCCUCCCUCGAGACCGUCGUCAAACUCAGCACUCUCCGCGACUUGCCUGUCAAGGUGCCCCGUGCUCCGUGCUUCUCCUCCGGAGUCGGCGGCGCGCGCACAACCCACCCCUGCUACAGCUUCCCCGCCAGUGGCGCCGAAAAAGCUGGCGGCGCCGAGGACGGUCGUGGCGGGGGUCUCCGGAAGCGCGGCUGGAGCGCGAAGGCCCCGCGAGCUGCGGACGACAAGGCGGCCAAAGGCUCUGCAUGCCACGUCGGGCUCCACGGCUACCUCGCCAGCGAGGCCGACCUUCGAGGCGGCGAGUCGCCCGUGGCGUCCUGUGGAGACGGAGUUGCGGGGGCGUCGCGGAUCUCCUCGCCCCAGCGGCCCUGCCCCGGCGUCUCUCCGGGCGGCGAGUGCUACCCGUCGCCCUCUUCGAAGGCGAGUCACGCGGGGGCUGGACUGGCGGCUCAGGGCUCCUCGCUGUCAGCGAUUCAGGGUCACCCUCCACCGCCGUCUGUUUUCUCCGCGUCGCUGGGGCCCCCGGCGUCGUGCUUCGCGUCGGCGUACGCAGGCCCAGGCAGCGUCGGCGGCCCUGCUCGCUUCAGCUUCUCGCCGCUCGCAGCGGCGGCCGCCGCAGUGCCUGGGGUCGCGGGCGCGACUGCCUUCCGGGAGGGACUGCCGCCGUCUGCCUCGCCCCACCAGUCCGCCGCCUGCGCGGUGCCGCUCUGCUCCUUCCACCGCGGCCACGUCGCCUCGGGUGGCACCCCGGUGUUUGCCGCAGCAGCUGCUGCGCCUCUGGGAGCGGCCGGAUGCGCCUCGCCCCUUCCGGCCCUGCCGGGCGCCGCCGCGACCGCCGCGACCGCCGCGCAGCACGUCGCGGGGGGGGCAGGGCCGGUGGAGCCCGGCGGGGCUGGAAGGGGCGAGUGGAGACCGGGGUCUGCGUUCUGCGUGAUGUGCCAGCGAGACAGCGCGCCGUCGCCGUUUGAAUCGAUUCCUUUCGGCGACCUGUCUGACGCAGGCCCGUCUGCGGCCUUCUCGUACGUCUUCGACUUGCACGGCAACCGGCGCGGAGCGCUGGGCGGCAUCACCCAGACGCAGUCGGUGGCGGAGGCCCGGCGGUGCAUCUUUGCGAACCCCAUGAAUCCCCUGAUUCUCGCCUGCGGCUGGCCGCGAGGCCUCCGGAUCUUCCUGCAGGCGCUGCUUGCGAACGGCGCGUACAACGUGAUGAUUCUGUCGCCCUGCUGCCCUGCAACAGUGGGGCCGACGGACUUUGCGGCCUACACGACGUGCUGCGCUCACGUCCGCGGAAGCGCCCUAAGCACCACCGAUCUGCUGCGCGCCGGCGCGCUGCAGGCGAAGAAUUGCGCCGUCUUCAGCACGCUCCACGUCACCUGGAAGGGCGACCUCAGCGCGGAGCGCCUCGACACUCAGGCCCUGCUGGUGCGGAAAACGAUUCAGGCUCUGUUCCGCGCCUGUCCCGCGAUGCGGAUCCAGUCUCAGGGCCUCCCGCCCCCCGUGCCGGCCGCGGCGGAGCCGUACGCACCCGGAGACACGCCGUCGGAGCAGGACGACUUCGACCGCGAGAACGGCUCCGGCGGGUACGGAGACAGAGCCGCGCCGGGAAGCCUCGGCGGCGCGCAGACAACGCAGGGGGCCUCCGCAGGGUCCGCCGACAAGGGUGCGGCGCGCGCAGGAGGCAAAGUGAUGAUGUUUUCGAGUCUCCACUCGAGCGCAGAAGGAGACUCUGGAGCCCCGGCGCCCCCGGUGGGUUCCGCGGCGGGGGCGAGAGACGUGCGAGCCGAGAACCCUGCAGGCCCCCUCCUCCAGGCUGCACCUCGCCACGGCGCUGGAGCCUGGCGAGAGGAAGCGUGUGACAGCGACGACAGUGAUGAAGACAGAGGCUCGUGUGGCGACUUCUCCGUCGAUGUGCGGCCGCUCGAAGGCCCGCCGCCGCGCGUGGCGAACGGCCUCGCUGAUUUGGGGGCGUUCACCAACGGACUGCGCAGGUGCGACGAAGCAUCUGCCCGCCUGUCGGCGCGUUCGCACGCGCCCAGACGCCUCUCCGGCUCCACGCCUCCGAUGCUGUCGUCUGCGGACUCUGACAGCCCGCCCGACGACUCCCCAGUGGACUGCCAGCAAGCUCGUGUUUCACGUCAAUCGGCGGAGUGCCUCGCCCAGAGUGAUCUCGCUUCGUGGCCGUCGUCUGCGGGAUUGUCUCUGCGCGCCUGCUCGCUCCCUCCGCGUCGCCUCCUUGGCCCUUUGAGCGAGGCCUCGACGCCGCCGCUCUCGCCCUGGGUUCCGUUGUCCCCUGCGCCUCGGAAGACGGAGGCGCCCGAUCCGCGCUUCUUUGCCUCCGAGGCCUGCCACAGCACUCCCCCGCCGCCUCCAGUCACUGCGCCGACGCCGGCGACCUCCAGCGCCUUUUCCCCGGCCAACGCCUCGGCCUCGCCCGUUGUGCAGCCCGUGGGCAGGCCUGAGGCGUCCCCAGUCGCGGGGCUGCAGCUCCCGUCGCCCGGCGGAGCGUCCUCGUCGGCGGGCCUCUCGCCCGCGGGGGGUCCAGCAGACCCGACGACGCCCCUGGCCGCGGAGAAGACGCGAGAGCAGCGCCAGCACCAGUCGGCAGUGCAGCACGAACUCGAGCAGUUGCUAGAGGAGCAGCACUUUCAAAGUCAACUUCGCCAGCAGCCGACCCUCGCGUCGCAAGCCGGCGGAAGUCGGCACGCGUCUGCCACUUCGUACGCUCACUUGGCGCGCUCGGGGUCCUUGUCAGCCGGGUCCGCGAACCCGCUGGCUCUAGACCCUGAAACCGUGUCGAGCUUGGGCAUCCGGCUGCCGGUCGCCGGCGCGGCAGCCCCGGCAGGGACGUCCCCACAGGGCGGCGCAGUCCCACGCGGCGUGCUCGCCGUCGCGGGGCCGGGGGGACUGCCGGUGCCCCCAGGUGGAGCCCAAGCGAGCCCGCAGAGUAGCGCGACCGGUCCUGCGCUUCAAACUCUGGGCUCCUUCCCCACGUCGAGCAACCCCGUCGCGCUGUCGCCCGUGUCGCACAGUGCCUCUCUGGCGGGCGCGUGCGCGGCGGGCCUGCGGAUUGGCUCCGCGGUCGCCGGGGUCGAGGAGGCCGGUGCGUCGCCGGGCGUCGCCUCCGCAAUGGGCAGCGGGGUUUGGGGCACGCCCGCGGUCCCUGGGGCACCCGUCCCGGGCGUGGGUUCCCCGGGGGACCUCGAGGGACACAGGGCCGCGUUCCGCCUCGCCUCCGACCCUGCACGCGGCCCGGUGCCACAGUUGGGCUCCAGCGCCGCGCCCGGAGGGGCGGCGCCAGCCGGGUAUCUCGCAGGCGCCGGAGAGUCGUGUCUGCGCGGCUCGGAGUUCGAAGAAAACUCCCACGCGGCGGCGCGCUUCUGGCGGCCUGCAGGCCCUGCAGGCGCUGGCGCCGGCGCCGCGGUCGCGGUCGCGGUCGCCGCCCCAGAGAGGGAGCGAGACGCCGGCAAAGACUACGCCGCGACCUUCCCGCCGUCGUGCCUGGCGGCAGCCGCGGUUGGGCUGGAAGGCGGGUCGGACAUGAGCAGUCACGGGGUGCCAGACGAGGGCCCUUCGUUCCUCCAAAGCGCCGCGGCACGAACCAACGUCGGCGGGGCGGGCGGGGAGAGGCCUGAUGGGCUGUGGCGCGUCCCCGAGGCGAUCGACUUGCAGGCCCUGAUGGACGAGAAAGCGCGGAAAGAGCCCGGAAUUUUCCUCGACCUCAAAGAGGCGUCAUUCUUGGAGUACUGCGACAACUCGAUGCUGAUGAACGAGUCACUCGUCUGGGAGCGCAUCGGGCCCUACCGGCAGACCUGGGCGGCGGAGCAGCGGCAGAUGACCGCUGCGUACCUCGGAAGUCUGCUCUUCGCCUCGGGACACGCCUGCGUAGAGGACAUGUUCUACGGCUUGAUGGCGCACUCGCUGCCGGUCUCCAAGUACGCCGUAGACGCCUCGGUGAUUGACUACCUCGUCGAGAACCGGAAAGAGCCGUUGAGCGCCAAGACUCGUUUGAAGAGGCGCCUGAUGUGCCCUCCGAGCGUCAGCGUGACUUCGCCGGCGCCGGCGGUGUCGCCACUUGGUCUGGAGCCCGUCCCCCCGAUGUUUGUCGGGGUGCCCUUCAAGCGUCUUUUCGAGCACUUUAUCAAGUUGGAGAAGAAAAUCGCAAUCGCCAUCUACCGCCAGUACCGCGUCACAACCGACUACGCAGGAAACCGCCGCCCGAAGAAGCUCGUCCUCUGCUGUCCUUCGCAGCAGCUCCGGCUAAACGCCUUUGACAUGGUCUACGUUCUUCGACCUUGCAGCACAGACGAACUCCGCGCGCCGCGCGGCUUCUUGUGA